CUCCUACUCCUGCUUUGUUGUAUUAGCCGAGAUAGAGAAGCUCUACAAUGGCGCUCCUUGAGCUGUAUUCUUGAAGAAGGAGGAGGAGGAGAAACCCUAUAUGUCUAAGUGCACCCUCUCUUUCUAUAGAGGGGUAAGGUUCUAUUUAUAGGCUGCUCAUGUCACACUGACAUGUGGGCUGAGUCUAACGUCAUCUUCUUUGGGCCCCGCCGGGCACGCGGCUUGGUUCCCUCCGGGUGGCACCGUAGGGGACAAGACAACUUUACUUUUCCCUGGCACCAUGCAGAAAGUACCGCUAUCCUCUGCCGGCUUCCGUCAGAGAUUCUCUUUCGGUGCUUCCUCUCUGCAGUCGCCUGGCAUCGGUACGUAGGCGUUGACCGCUUUUCCUGAGAUGAUGAUGGCGCUGCUUUACUUUGCACCGCGUGGUCAGGAUAAGACCGUUGAGAGAUCACAGCUAUCGCCGAGAUCAAGGUACUCGUCCUUAUCCUGCAAACUCAUAAGACAAAAUAGCCAUGCCGGCAUACGCCUGGGAUGCCGGCUUAGUGUUAGUUUGACUUUACGAUGCCGGCAUAUAUAACUAUGCCGGCCUUGCCUCCGUCAUCUCGGCUAGAGUUGUGUCACCAUGACCCUACCCGGGGUCAUCCCCCCGACACUAGUCCCCGAAGCUGUUGCGGUCCGGCAGAGAAAAAUGUCGGGCCACGACAGUUUCCUGUAGACAGGCCACCAAAGCGUACUUGGGCUUAGCCGAGAAAGAUGCCGAGACAACCCCAGGUUCUCCUAGCCGAGAUCAAUCCAUUCCGACAUUCCGGGUCGGCGUGCUUAUCCAGCCCUUAGCCGAGAUUUUUUCUCCUCCAUGGCCGACAGUUGAAAACUUACUACUGCCGAUAUAGAUGCCACAUGUGACUUGGAUAAUACACUCCUUUAAACUAACGGGAGGAUAAGGCAGGAGUUACUGCCAUUGCGCUUUUUGAGGCGAGCACGCCAUCCCAUCGGACAGUAAAGCCGACAGAGCCACUAAGGGGGGAAUAUCGGUUCCCACGCAGACACUUAUCCUCCCAGAUCUUGCUGGAUUCUCGGCAGCAUGCCGCGCAGUAACCAAGCGUGUGCUUUGAUGGGAAUAACUACCCCAAAUCAUGCGCAAUCUUCCCGUUAGCCACUGAGGUGGUGGGCAUGGGGAACUCGCACCCAUUACUGCGCCACGGGUAUAAGUAACAGGGGAGGGCGAGGGCAGAAAACCCUUCGCACUCUUCGUCCUCCUCUGUUCUCCUGCUCCUUGCGCACUUCGAGGUUCUCUCUUCAGCGACGCGGAGACGGGAAUUCCCCGGACAAACGUUUCGCAGCCCCGCGCAGGUCUAUCGACGCUGAAGAUCCAGAUCCAGAGGACUUCAUGCCGAUCGCCCAUGCCGGCCCUCGACGUACCGAGAUCCUGCAUGAACAAAUGCACCGCUACCUUCAAGACUUUGGUUGCAAAGUACAAGAAGCUGGAGGCGGAGCACGAGGCUCUGAAGGCUGACCGCAAGAGCCAAACCGAGGACACCGCUCAAGUGGCGGAGCUGCUGAAGCGCGUCGCCGAGGUCCAAGUGGACCAUCAACAUCAAGAUGAGUUGCACAGUGGAGAGCGGAGGCACAGGAAAAUAAAGGAUCACUCUGAUGGGAAAGAUGAAUCACAAAGUGGCAGCAGGGACAGGCAAACCAUGCCUAGGGAUGUUCGUACCAAAGUUGCUGGAUGUUAUGAAGAACAACACACAGAUGAGAAGGCCAAAGGUGACAUGUCUAGAGGUCUGGAAAAACGUAAAGAAGAAAAAUACAAGGAUGAUAGGUCCAAAGCUCAUGAUAGAUAUAAAAAUAAUAAAUACAUAGAUGAUAGGCAAAAAGAAGAGGAAAGGCGCGGAGAUGAAAGGUAUAAAGAGGAAAGCUCUCGACAUGAAGAUAGGCAUAGGGAUGGAAAAUACAGAGAGGAAAGAUCGAGAGAGGACAGGCAUAAUAAGGACGAAAGAUACAAAGAGAAGCCUAGGAAUGAAAGAUCUGAUAACAGCUCUCGGGAGAGACACCGAGAUGAUAGUUAUAGAAAUCAUAGGAAUCAAGAUGGUGGAUCAUGGGAUGUGCGAUCGUCAAAGGACAACACUAGAGACAGGUCUUUGGAAAAGCACUACAAAGAAGAACAUAGUUACUCAGAGAACAGAUACAAUAAAAAUAUACUUUAUGAAAAUGAGGGCAACCCAUCUGUUGCUGAUCUUAGGAGCUCUAAGUAUAGAGAUAAUAACAAAGGGGAAAAAAGGUCCUAUGAAGAAAGUGCUCUUAAUGGUGAUAGGGAAACUCACAAUGCAAAAGAAUAUCAUGGAGAUGCCACUAAACGCAGGUCUGAGGUAGGUAGUGAAGAUCUUAGACGGGAAUAUGAGAAAUUUGAUUCUCGGAAGAGGGAUUUUGAGAGAAAGAGCUCCACUAGAUCGAGCACAUAUCCUGCCAAGGAGCAAAGCAGGCAUUGCACGAAACAAGAAGAACCCUCACCCGGGGAAUAUGGUGCUGCUCUUGGAAGACAUAGACAUGCAUCUGACUUUCAGUCUGUUGAGGAUCAGAACAAACUUGAUGCCAAUUGCAAUGAAUUGUCUCUUCCCUCACAAAAUGAUGGAAGUUUGAGAUCUGAUGGCCGAUCAGUCCAUUUUAGUGAGAGACUACCAUCAGCGAGUGAUCAGCAAGUUUUGAUCCGGAGCAAUCUGAGGCAUAGUCAUGAUACUAGUGAUGGCUCAAUGAAGAAAGGUAAUACUAGGCAUAAUGAUUUAUUAUUGAACCGUCAAGCUACCGAGAAUUAUCAAACAGCAUCACCAGGGCAUCUCCACCCGCCACCUGAUAGAUCUGAGAUGGAUAGCCAAAUAGAGUUUGAUGAUGAUAACUGGAGUCAGAUUAGAGAACGCAGAUCAAGCAGCCGCUCUAGAAGAAGCGGUACUGUUGAUAAUGCAAGAGGACAUGGUAACACUUGGAAUAAUCCUUCUUCAUGGUCUUCACCAAUACCUAAUGGUUUUGGUCCUUUCCACCAUGGGCCUCAAAUCCCUGGUUUUCACCCAGCUAUGCACCACUUCCAUCAAUCUUUAUAUGGGAUACGGCCUUCUAUGGAGACAAAUCACACCGGGGUUCCUUAUCCUAUGCAUGGACAUCCUGAAAGUUUUUCUCAUUGUGCACAAUCAUUUCAGUGGCACAAUCCUGCUGAAGACCCAUAUCUCUCUCAAUUGCCAGGUUGGGAUGCAAGCAGAAGUGUCUUUGAAGAACACUCACACAGCUAUGACAGACAUGAACUAGUCAGGAAUAAAGAUCCUGAUUUUCAACAGCAGUCAGAGGUGCCACCUUUGUCUCAUACUUCUGACAAGCCUAUAUUGACGCAAUUCCCAGGUCAAAAUCGAAGUGAGAGCGCUGAGGUCAAAACAGUUGAUGAGACCAAUGCUGAAAAAACUGAUGCACAUGCUCCAAAAUAUAGAUCUAAUAGCAAGCCUGUGCCUUCUAGCGUAGAAGUGGGUUCUCGGUUUUGCUCUAACUACUUUAAGAGGCUUCACAUUUCUACAAGCCUUGCUUCACCAGAGUUGUACAAACAAUGUGUUACAAUGACGAUGGAGUUGGAGCCGUCUGCAUCAUGUAAAGCUACCAUGAAACGGUCCUUAAAGAGUAGUAAAGAUGAGCACGGAUACCAAGCGCAUGGUUUCAAACACAUUAUGCAAUCCAUAUUUUCUGGGAAAACAACUUCCAUAUUUGAGAAAGCCAUGGCGCUUUAUAGUUCAAGUGCUGGUUCCGUGAAAUCCAAAUCCCCCGCAUCAUCUUCACAACCAGAAAGUGAAGAGGUGAUUAAGGGGCCUUCUGUGGACAUGGUGGAUGAAGGCCAUGUUACUGUCAGCGAAGUGCAGGCAUUGCCUUGUACUGGUAUGUCUGAUGAAGUGCACAAUAACAACCCGGCACAUCACGGAACUGAUUUUGGCAUGUCAGGUGACUCUGGGUUAGCAAAAGAUUGCAGCAACAUAGAAGAAGACAAUGUAACCUCAGAUACCGGAGACAAAAGUUUCAUCAGCAACCAUCUUGAGGGGCGUGCUUGUUAUACUGAGGAACAAGUUCCGAAUAACGGUGAGGGGGGGCUCCUUCCUGAUGCCAAAGCUCUGCAACCUUGUUGCAACUCAGUAGGCGGUAUUACUGACGUUCCCAAAGAGCAAUUUUCUGGUGUCAUUUCUGAUGCUGCUUUUGCGUCUUGUCCUCAGGCGUGCGAAGGUGCCAUACCAGAUUGUAGUUUUAAUUUAAACCGGAUACCUUGCUCUCCUGGGAGCACUUAAAACAUUUAUUCCAUUUGUUCGUCCCAUUAGUAUCCCAUUACCUCCGGUUGGUAUCCCCAUCCCAUUAGUAUCCCAUUUCCCUCCGGCUGGUAUCCCCAUGCGUGUUUUGUCCCCCUUUUCUCAUCAUGUCUUGUUUUUCUUGGAGAAUGGCAGCAUUCUCCGGUGUGCGCCCCUUGUUAUGCUGCUCUGUGUGGCAGCUUGUGUCAUCAAUAAUAAAAGUUGUUUUCUCCAUC